GUAGGGAACUUGAAAGUCGGGUGGAUCAACAAGUUAGGGUUUUAGUUUUGUUAUUCUUCUAGCUGGUUUCCCUUACCAUAAGUCACCAAAGCAAAAGAGCAAGCAGAUGGAAGCCGGAGAUGGAGGCGUUGACUCCAAGGAUUUGCAACAGCAAAGCAAAGCCUUCGAUAAACUCACCGACCGUGUCGAAGACCGCCAGCUCGAUUCUUCUCGUGCCCAAUCGGCCAUGGCAUCGAUUGCAGCUUCUGCUGAAGCUGAAAAAAACGCUAUGAGAUUGAGAGAGAAAGAAUUAGCUGCUGUUAAGAUUAAUGCAGCUGAAGUGGACAUCAUUGCUAACGAAUUAGAGUUGGACAAAAAGGUUGCCGAGAGAACACUCCGUGAGCAUAAAGGUGAUGCCGUUGCUGCCAUUCGAUCCUUGCUUCACUAGACGGAGCUGGCGGCAUAGAUUGUUAUUUCUCGAGGUCCCCCCCCCCCCCAAAACAGAAAAUAAUGUGUAAGACGUAGUUCUUCAAAAUCUAAACAUAAAUAGCUACAUUGCAGUGGUUAUCACUGUAAUCUAGUCAGAAUCAUUUUAACCUGGUUUUAAACGUAAUGGCUUUUAUGCUUAUU